AUGGCUCCCAAGAUCGCUAUCGUUUACUACUCCAUGUACGGCCACAUCGCUCACCUGGCCGAAGCCGAGAAGAAGGGUAUUGAAUCUGCUGGCGGCCAGGCCACCAUCUAUCAGAUUGCUGAGACCCUGCCUGCGGAGGUCCUGGCUAAGAUGCACGCUCCUGCCAAGAAGGAUCAUCCCAUCGCCGACCCGGAGCUCCUCAAGGACUACGAUGCUGUGCUCUUCGGUAUCCCUACUCGCUAUGGUAACUUCCCUGCCCAAUGGAAGGCUUUCUGGGACCGCACUGGCGGCAUCUGGGCCACCGGUGGCUACUGGGGCAAGUAUGCUGGUCUGUUCGUCUCCACUGGUACCCUGGGUGGUGGCCAGGAAUCCACCGCCAUUGCUGCCAUGAGCACUCUUGCUCACCACGGCUUCAUCUACGUUCCUCUCGGCUACAAGACCAUGUUCGCCCAAUUGUCCAACCUCCAGGAGGUCCACGGUGGUAGCGCCUGGGGUGCUGGUACAUUCGCUGGUGCCGAUGGUUCCCGCCAGCCCUCUGCUCUCGAACUCGAGAUCGCCGAGGGCCAGGGUAAGGCCUUCUACGAGCACGUUGCUCGUGUCAACUUCGCUUGA